AUGGUAAGGGUAUUUCUAAGGGUGAUGGUAAGGGGUGAUGGUAAGGGUAUUUCUAAGGGUGAUGGUAAGGGUAUUUCUAAGGGCAAGGGUAUUUCUAAGGGUGAUGGUAAGGGUAUUUCUAAGGGUGAUGGUAAGGGAAGGGUAUUUCUAAGGGUGAUGGUAAGGGUAUUUCUAAGGGUGAUGGGUAUUUCUAAGGGUGAUGGUAAGGGUAUUUCUAAGGGUGAUGGUAAGGGUAUUUCUAAGGGUGAUGGUAAGGGUAUUUCUAAGGGUGAUGGUAAGGGAAGGGUAUUUCUAAGGGUGAUGGUAAGGGUAUUUCUAAGGGUGAUGGUAAGGGUAUUUCUAAGGGUGAUGGGUAUUUCUAAGGGUGAUGGUAAGGGUAUUUCUAAGGGUGAUGGUAAGGGUAUUUCUAAGGGUGAUGGUAAGGAUAUUUCUAAGGGUGAUGGUAAGGGUAUUUCUAAGGGUGAUGGUAAGGGUAUUUCUAAGGGUGAUGGUAAGGGUAUUUCUAAGGGUGAUGGUAAGGGUAUUUCUAAGGAAGGCACCUCUGUGAAAAAUGCAUUUCCUUGA